AUGGAUUUGCCGAGCGAAUCGCCUUACUCGGAUGACGUGAAAACUGCCAAUGAGUUCGACCCCAAAGACUACAGAGGAGAAGACGUUAGACCAAAAGAGCCACCAGAGAUUGAUUUACCGAACGAAUCGCCUGACUCGGAUGACGUGAAAGCUGGCAAUGAGUUCGGCCUCAAAGACUAUGGAGGAGAAGACGUUAGUCCAAAAGAGCCGAGCUACGUGGUCGUGAAAGAUAGGGAAGAUGGAAAACCACGCGGAUUGCCCUGCAACUCUGACAGAAAUCUCUCGUUGGCAACUCUAUCGCAUACGUUUCCUGGGGCCACUGGGUUGGAGUUCAAAGAUCCGAAGGCGGAAGCGAGUCGGGUUGUUAUGUUUGAUUCAGCUCGCUCAUUGUUUAUGUGCCCUGCAGACGGAUGGAAAAAUCAAAUAUUUACAGCAAUUUAUCCACGACCACCACCACCACAACCAGGAGUGAUCCGAAUCACGUUGAUGCCCGAGGGAAUCGUGGUGAAGGAGAGCAACAUAUCUUUGUCAGAAAAUGUGAUAACACAGGAGGCUGUCAAAAAUCUGUUUUCCCUCCCUCCGACUUCGAUCCUUAAGUUGCGUUAUGGUGAGAAUGAAGGGGCGAAAUGGUGCGAUUUGGAUUCAACUGGCUCGUUUUUGCUUCCUGAAGGCUGGUCAACUAUGGAGUUCUUUGUCGAGUCUCGUUUACCACCACCACCACCACAACCACGAGUGAUCCGAAUCAAGUUGAUGCACGAGGGAAUCGUGGAGGCUGUCAAAAAUCUGUUUUCCCUCCCUCCGACUUCGAUCGUUAAGUUGCGUUAUGGUGAUAAUGAAGAGGCAAAAUGGUGCAAUUUGGAUUCAACUGGCUCGUUUUUGCUGCCUGAAGGCUGGCCAACUAUGGAGUUCUUUGUCGACUCUCGUUUACCACCACCACCACCACAACCAGUGAUCCGAAUCAAGUUGAUGCACGAGGGAAUCGUGGAGGCUGUCAAAAAUCUGUUUUCCCUCCCUCCGACUUCGAUCGUUAAGUUGCGUUAUGGUGAUAAUGAAGAGGCAAAAUGGUGCAAUUUGGAUUCAACUGGCUCGUUUUUGCUGCCUGAAGGCUGGCCAACUAUGGAGUUCUUUGUCGACUCUCGUUUACCACCACCACCACCACAACCAGUGAUCCGAAUCAAGUUGAUGCACGAGGGAAUCGUGGAGGCUGUCAAAAAUCUGUUUUCCCUCCCUCCGACUUCGAUCGUUAAGUUGCGUUAUGGUGAUAAUGAAGAGGCAAAAUGGUGCAAUUUGGAUUCAACUGGCUCGUUUUUGCUGCCUGAAGGCUGGCCAACUAUGGAGUUCUUUGUCGAGUCUCGUUUACCACCACCACCACCACCACCACAACCACAACCACGAGUGAUCCGAAUCAAGUUGAUGCACGAGGGAAUCGUGGUGUGGGAGCACAACGUAUCUUUGUCGGGAAAUGUGAUAACACAGGAGGCUGUCAAAAAUCUGUUUUCCCUCACGCCGACUUCGAUCGUUAAGUUGCGUUAUGGUGAGAAUGAAGGGGCGAAAUGGUGCGAUUUGGAUUCAACUGGCUCGUCGUUUUUGCUUCCGAAAGGCUGGCCAACUAUGGAGUUCUUUGUCGAUUCUCUUUCGGAGGGCGCAGCAAAUAGCACUUCAAAAAUUCUCAACCAUUGGGAAAAUCGUGUUUUUUGCAUUGGAGGCCGUGGUGGUAGGGUGGGAUCAUGCGUCUUAUUGAAUAAUAAGCGCAUUUUGACCGCUGCGCACUUAUCCUUCAAGCUUGGAGAAUGGUACCCAAUCAAAGGACCCGGUUUGAAGGGCAGUUUGGAUGUGCGCGUGCGCUGCGAUUUGAUUUGUAACCAUUUCGAUUUCGCCGUACUUAGUUCGGAUUCUCUUGAAGACCUUCAACUGUCUACAGAGGAACUGAAUCCCGGCUCUAGAUAUUUCAUAAUGGGCUAUCCGGUCGGUCUUGAAGCUUCUAGGCCGACGAUCACACAAGGAAUCAUCAAAGGGACGUGGUUGAAUGGCAGUUAUCUAGUCGGAACACCUGGUUCGAAGCGAGGAUACUCGGGUGCUCCGGUCUUUGAUGAUUCUGCACGUUUGGCAGGACUAUUGCUGGGUGGAACAAACGGAUUAGAGGUCAAUACAACCAUUCAAGAAUGUCUGGAUUCUCCUGUGGAACAGAAAUACGCGAGAAUCUUGAGCAUCGCAGUAUUUACUGCAUUCUAUGAUACUUUUGUCCAAAAAAGGUAUUACGGACCAGGAAUCCUGAAACUGUCAAUGAUGCGAUGGUUGUUUGGAAAAAUUAUAAUAUUGGAUACAGAUGGUGCUUCGACAAUAAUGUACGUA